AUGGGCGACGACCGCAGGAGCGGUGUCUCGAAUGACCCGAUAGCCUACGAUCCGGAAAUCGAAGCUUCCGUCGAGGCGGCACUGCGCGGUCUCUUUCUCAAUCCGUGGGUGGCAGCCCGGAUAUCAUCGGCACCCGAGGGCGUGGAGGGCAUGAGCCUAUCAGAUCUCGAAGAGGUCAUCUUGGACAGAGUGGCCGAGUUAAGAGUGCUUGUACGACAUCGAGAGCAGCGUAGGAACCCCCAAAUCACCCUCAACAUGCUUCUUCCAUCAGGCCGAUCCUUCCCGCAUGCUGUGAGACUGAGGAGCCGCAUUGACAAAGUUUGCUGGGAACUUACGUGCAGCGAAGAGCUCCGUGCUUUCCAGGACAAUUGUGUAAAGCUCCUCCUCGGUACACUCGAACUGGAAUGGCACCGGGCCAUCGGGGACUACGAGGUGGCUGAUGGAGACAGCGUGACUGUUGUUUUGACGUCGCGUGCAGCCGAUGCCGAUCCUUUUGAAGGCUGA